CCCCGCCUGGUCCCCCAGCAGCGCAGCCCGCAGCCAGGGCGGCCGGGCGACAGGAGGUGGCGGCGGCAUGAGCUACUACUACCAGCUACCAGUGGUGAUCGACAACGGCUCAGGAGUGAUCAAGGCAGGCCUGGCCGGGUCGCGGGAGCCCCAGUUUGUCUACCCGAACAUUAUUGGCCGGGCCAAAGGACAGGGCCGUGUAGCGGAGGGCGGGCUGGAAAUGUAUGUAGGUGACCAAGCGCAGGAACGGAGAAACUCGCUGUCCAUCAGCUACCCAGUGGAGCGUGGUCUCAUUACUUCCUGGGGGGACAUGGAGGUCAUGUGGAAGCAUAUCUAUGAUCAUAACCUGAAGCUAAAGGCCUGUGAUGGCCCCGUGUUGAUUUCGGAGCCAGCACUGAACCCACUGGCCAACCGGCAACAGAUCACUGAAGUAUUUUUUGAGCAGCUGGAGGUUCCUGCCUUUUAUAUGUCUAUUCAGGGGGUGCUGGCUCUCUUUGCUGCUGGCUUCACAACUGGUUUUGUGCUGAAUUCAGGUGCUGGGGUUACCCAGUGUGUGCCCAUCUUUGAGGGGUACUGCCUGCCUCAUGGUGUCCAGCAGCUAGCUCUGGCAGGCCUUGACCUCACCAACUACCUCAUGAUGCUGUUGAAGGAACAUGGCAUCAUGCUGCUUAGCGCUGCAGACAGAAAGAUUGUUGUAGACAUUAAGGAAACAUCUUGUUAUGUUGUAAUGAACUACGAAGAGGAAAUGGCCAAGAAACGCGAUUCUAUAGAGAAAGUUUACCAACUACCUGAUGGGAAGAUGAUCAAGCUCUAUGACCAACUCUUUCAUUGUCCAGAGGCCCUCUUCUCUCCACAUCUUAUGAAUCUUGAGACCCCUGGCAUCGAUAAGUUGUGUUUCAGCAGCAUAAUGAAAUGUGAUACAGAUCUGAGGAAUUCAUUUUUCUCCAAUAUUAUCCUUACUGGGGGAUCAACUUCUUUCCCCGGUUUAGACAAGCGGCUAGUUAAAGGUGUAGCAAAUAUGGUACCUGCCAAUACACCUGUGCAAGUUACAGUUCCCCCAGAAAGGAAACUAUCAGUGUGGAUGGGAGGCUCUAUUCUUGCAUCCCUGUCUGCUUUCCAGGACAUGUGGGUCACUAAGGCAGAAUUUAAUGAAGUUGGACCUAACAUAGUACAUCAAAGAUGCUUCUGAAUACAGAUAAAAUGGUUAGAAAAAAAUGUUUGGAGUAUAUGUGACAAAACUUUGGAUAUUAUAUGUAUCUGGGAGAACAGAAAGUAUUUCAGUUGUUAGAAUGUCCAUGUCUCUUGCAUUUUUGUGAUGGGUGAAGCAAACAACAUAUUUCUUGAGUAGAACCAAAUUAAAUGCUAGAGGAAACAUUA